ACUGAGGAAAGCACCUUUGAAGCAUUGGAAAAAGACAUCCAGGAGGUUUUAAAUGAGUUAUUAGGAGACGAAAAGUUUGAGAAGUUCCGUGUGGAAUAUGAGAAGAUCGCCAAAGCUCUUCGGAAGUCCCACGAGAACGAAAAGAGACUGAUGUCCAAAUGCAGGGAGCUGAACGCAGAGAUAAUGUCCAACACCGUCAAAGUAUCCACAGCCAUGAAACUAGCUGAUGAAGAUCAAGCCACAAUCACCUCUCUUAAAAUGGAAAUUGACAAGGCUUGGAAAAUGGUUGAAGCUUCACAUGCAAAGGAGUUGCAGAUGAAAGAAGAGGAAGUAACCCAGCUGAAACAGGAGAUCACUAAACUUACCAAAAUGAGAGAAGGAGUGCAGAGGAGACUCAGACAGAUGGAGGAACAGAAAGUGGAGGUGGAGAAUCAGAGAGAAACACUGAAGAAUCAGAUUACUGGACUGGAUAGAGAAAUGGAGACUGCAAAAAAGCAGAUGGAUAUGGACAAGAAGGCUAUAGAUGAACUGGUGCGGGAGAGGGACAUCCUGAAUAAGGUUCUUGAGAAUAUUGAGGACAUUAAACUGAAGGAGAUGCAUAUAUUUGAGUAUAAGAAGAGAAUCGCAGAAGCUGAAACAAAGCUGAAGCAGCAGCAGAACCUCUAUGAGGAUGUCAGGACAGAGAGGAACCUCUUCAGCAAGAACCUGAUUGAGGCCAAGGAUCAGAAUGCUGAGAUGAAACGCAAGGUGAAGAUCGUGAACCACAUGUUCGAACAGCUAAAAGAUGAAAUCACCACAAAAGAGGUGGCUCUAGACAAGGAGCGCCAGGAGUUUCAGCGUGUAGAGAGAGAAAGGGAAAAUCUCAAGGCCGAGCUACAGAAGAUGAGGCAACAGGCUCAGGAGACGAAGCAGUUCAUUGAGAAACAGGAGGCAGAGGAACGCGAGCUGCUGAAGAUCAUAGCAGAGGCUGAUGCUGAGAGGAUCCGGCAGAAAAAAGAGCUCGAUCAGGUGAGAAAUGAGCGUGACCUCCUGGGGAUGCAGUUGAUGAAGAGAAACGAAGCACUGGCAUUACUGUACGAAAAGAUCAAAAUCCAGCAUUCCAUCAUGAACAAGGGUGAUAUUCAGUACAAUGAAAGAUUGGAGGAUAUCAGACUCCUGAAGCUAGAGAUCAAGAAGCAAAGACGAGAAAAGAACAUCCUCAACAAGACCGUCUCUAAUGUGGAGGACCUCAGACAUGAAGUGUUUCAUAUGCAGAGGGAGCUGCUGAAAGAGAGGACAAGAUGCCGAGCUCUAGAGGAUGAGCUUGGCAAUCCCUUGAAUGUACACCGCUGGAGAAAACUAGAGGCGAGUGAUCCAAGCAGCUUUGAACUGAUUCAGAAGAUUCAUUCUCUUCAACGGAGGCUGAUAGCUAAAACUCAGGAGGUUGUGGAGAAAGAGCUUAUGCUACAGGAGAAAGAGAAACUUUACGUCGAGCUGAAGCACAUCCUUGCUCGGCAACCUGGUCCAGAAGCAGCGGAAAAACUACAGGUUUAUCAGCGAACACUCCGGGAGAAGACCAAACAACUGAAGGUCCUAACAGCAGAGCUCAACAUGCACGAGUCCCAAUCAGAAGACUACAAGUAUGAGAUCGAACGUCUUGCCCAUGAACUUCAAGAAGUCAAGAAAAAAUACCUCGCACAGAAACGGAAAGACCAGGAGCACAGGGAGAAGGAACGAAAUCUCACCCAGGCAGGACAGCCUGUGAUUCAGCCUCAGCGUCCAGACGGCGCUAGAUUCACUGGAGGAGGCUUCAGUUUUAAGCAGCACAACAGGAUGGCACUUCAAGCUCUGGAACAGCAGUCCUGAUGCCCGCCAGAGCCCUCUGAGGACCCUCUUC